AUGGGUGGUGCUGGUAAUACCUCGGCGGCUGUGGACGCCGCCGCGCAAAUCCGCAAGGUCAAUCUGAAGGCGUCAUCUGGGCUUCCAGGUUUGAUCCAGAACAGGAAGGUCUUUGGUGUCGCAAUGUUCGCAUGUCUGGGAGGUCUCCUCUACGGUUAUAAUCAGGGCGUGUUCUCUGGCGUCUUGGUCAUGCACUCCUUCGAGGAACAUAUGGGCGACGCUGUCACAAACGAGACCAGAAAAGGGUGGCUUACAUCUAUCCUUGAGCUCGGAGCGUGGUUUGGCGCUUUAUACUCUGGUAUCCUCUGCGAAAGGUUCUCUCGGAAAUACACUAUCCUCGCGAAUGUAUGCAUUUUCUGCAUCGGCGUCGUGAUUCAGCUUACCGCGGCUACCGGCAAUGGGAGCUCUUCGAAUAUCCUAGGAGGUCGAUUUGUUACGGGUAUGGGUGUCGGAAGUCUCUCGAUGAGUGUGCCUACAUACAACGCUGAAAUUGCACCCCCAGAAGUAAGAGGUUCUUUGGUCGCCAUGCAGCAGCUGGCAAUCACCUUUGGAAUCAUGGUAUCCUUCUGGAUAAACUACGGAACGAACCACAUCGGCGGCACCGGCGAGACCCAAAAAGACACCGCAUGGCUCUUGCCCCUGGCACUUCAGCUCGUUCCAGCAGUCAUCCUAGGAGUCGGCAUGAUCUUCAUGCCUUUCUCACCCCGUUGGCUUGUACACCAUGGCCGAGAGGAGGAAGCUAUCAAAGUCCUUACGAGCCUCCGUGGCUUGCCCGCAGACGAUCCCAUCCUGCAGCUCGAGUUCCUUGAGAUCAAAGCCCAGAGUAUCUUCGAGAAACGCACUGAGAAGGAGAGGUUUCCUCAUCUAGAGAGGAAUAGUACCUGGAGUUACUUGAAGCUGGAGGCAGCCGGAUACAAGAGUUUGUUCACCAGCUGGCCGAUGUUCAGGCGGGUGAUUGUUGCUACGGUUACCAUGACCUUCCAGCAAUGGACAGGCGUUAACGCAAUCCUCUACUACGCCCCCACGAUCUUCGAACAACUCGGAAUGAGCAACAACACCACCUCCCUCCUAGCCACAGGUGUCGUCGGCGUAGCCAUGUUCCUCGCAACCAUCCCAGCCGUAAUCUGGGUCGACAACGUCGGCCGCAAGCCCAUCCUCGUCAUCGGCGCCAUCGGCAUGGCCACCUGCCACUUCAUCAUCGCAGCCAUCUUCGCCGAGAACGAGAACCAGUGGGAGUCGCACCGUGCCGCGGGCUGGGCCGCCGUCGCCAUGGUGUGGCUGUUCGUCGUGCACUUCGGAUACUCGUGGGGCCCUUGUGCUUGGAUCAUCAUCGCGGAGAUCUGGCCGCUUAGUGUGCGUGCUAUUGGGACGAGUUUGGGCGCUUCAGCUAAUUGGAUGAACAACUUCAUCGUCGGUCAAGUCACGCCGGAUAUGCUCUCGGGUAUCCGCUACGGCACGUAUAUUUUCCUGGGUCUGAUGACGUCGCUUGGUGCGCUAUUCAUUUUCUUCUUCGUUCCCGAGACAAAGCAGCUCUCUCUCGAGGAGAUGGAUGUCAUUUUCGGCUCGGAGGGCACCGCUGUUGCGGAUUUCGAGCGUCAGGCUGAGAUCUCGCGAGAGAUUGGGCUUGAUGAGGCGCUGGCGAGGUUCUCAGAAAGAUCAGGUGUCGUUCUUCCAGAGGUGGAGGGGAAGCAUGCUUGA